AUGGGCGGAGUGCAUCCCUGUCUCCUCUGCCUGGUGCUCCGGCUCCUCCUGCCUCUCUCUGAGAUCUGGUGCCGAGGUCCUCAGGAUCCCGGGGGGGCCCUCCGCUUCGUCUUCACGCGCCCUGUCUACAACGCCACUAUUUAUGAGAACUCUGCUGCCAGAACCUACGUUGCCAGCGAGGUCAGGAUGGGGGUGUGUCUGGCCCUCCAGGCCUGGGACAUCGAGUACCGGAUUGAUUCCGGGGACGAGGAGGGCCUCUUUAGUGCAGAGGAGUACACUGUGGGCGAUUUCUGCUUCCUGCGUAUUAGAACAAAAGGCGAGAACUCGGCUGUCCUGAACCGGGAGAUACAGGGCAGGUACGUUCUGACCGUGAAGGCCACCGCAAAAGGCGGCCUGGAGUCAUCCACCACAGUGAAUGUGCAAGUCUUGGACAUGAAUGAUCUUCGACCGCUCUUUUCACCCACUGCUUAUUCGGUCAGUGUUUCCGAGAGCACCCCUCUGGGGACAAGUCUGGUGCAGGUAACCGCAACGGAUGCUGACGUUGGCUCCAACGGAGAGUUUUAUUACUUCUUCAGUGAAACAGUGGAGGACUUUGCCGUCCACCCGACAAGUGGUGUGAUCUCUCUUUGCACUAAGCUGAAUACAGACAAGCAGACAAUUUACAACCUGGAGGUCUUAGCUAUUGACAGAGGAGUGAAGCCAUAUGGGAUUAAUGGCGUGAGCAGCACAGCAAAGGUAUCUAUCAAUGUGGAACGUGUGAAUGAAUAUGCCCCCACCAUGAAAAUCGUUGUGGACAUCCCUUCCUUGUUGGAUACAAACUCCAUCUAUGCUGUGGUCACAGUGGAAGACAUGGAUGAAGGGCUGAAUGGAGGUAUUGAAUGGGUUUCCAUUGUGGCUGGAGACCCUUUGGAACAGUUUGUUGUGGAUCGUUCAGCAGUGGGAAAUGAGUACAAGAUAAAGACCUCUGAGCUGGUGGACUGGGAGAGUUUCCCAUAUGGCUUAAACCUCACACUUCAGGCCAAAGACAGUGGGUCACCUCCAAUGUUCUCAGACUUCCAUGUAGUGCAGUUGUUGGUAAAAAGACCCCAGUCUACUGAAGUUAAUUUUGAAAAAGAGACUUACCAAAUCACGCUCAGUGAAAUUUCACCUCCUGGUUCCACUGUAGUUGCAGUAAAAAUUUCUCCCAAACCUAUUAUAGCUAAAUACUCUCUUAUUCCCUCUCAGGAUUCGCAGUAUUUCAAGAUAAAUGCUCAAACAGGUGUAAUCACAACAGUUCAACAGUUCACUGAGGUAAAACAGAUGUUUUUUUCACUGGAUGUCGCUGAGGUUAAAAGUGCCCUAAGAACCAAAGUGCUGGUUACCAUAGAGGAUACAAAUGACAACACACCUACGUUUAGCCAGGCUUCCUAUGAGGUUAUUAUUAAUGAAAGUGCUCCCAUUGGUACAACACUUCUAGCUGUAUCUGCAGUGGAUGCUGAUGAAGGGGAAAAUGGAUUAAUAACUUACAGUAUUGCUAGCCUUCAGCCUCUACCCUUCAAUAUUGACCCAUUAACUGGUGUUUUAAGGACAACAAAAGAGCUGGACUUUGAGUCUGAAUGCGAGAUUUACACAUUUCUUGUGAGAGCAUCUGACUGGGGUUCACCUUAUAGACGUGAGAGUGAAGUCAAUGUCACGAUUAGCUUAGCUAACAUUAAUGAUAACAAGCCUGUGUUUGAAAAGAUAGCAUGCCGGGGCAUGCUCUCUCGUGAUUUCCCCAUUGGGAAGGUAAUAAUCACUAUGUCUGCCAUAGAUCUAGAUGAAGAGGAACCCAUUAAGUUCAAGCUUAUUUCUGGAAAUGAGCAAGAUUUCUUUAACUUGAACCCUGACUCUGGCAUUCUGUCUUUGAGGAGGUCUUUAGCGACUGCUAAUCCAAAAAAUGCAGUUUUCAAUUUAAAAAUGAUUGCCACAGAUGGAGAGUCCUUCUCAGUCCCCACCUUUGUAAACAUUUCAGUUUUACGUGGAAGAAUGGGUUCUAAGAGUUUCAAAUGUAGGGAAACCAGAAUUGCUCAAAAGUUGGCUGAAAAGCAACUAAAAGCUACUUCUUGUAGUGAGCCCAUAACGGAAGAGAGAAAUUCUGACGUCUUCUCUGUGAAUAGACAGACCCCUCAGUUUGAGUCCUUUCCCUCUGACAUAUCGGUGCAAGAAGACCUCAAGGCUGGUGCGAGUGUCCUUAAAAUUAAGGCAUACGAUGGAGAUUCUGGCUUCAAUGGUAAGAUCCUGUAUGCAAUAUCUGAUGGAAAUAAAGACAACUGUUUCAGCAUUGACAUUGAAAGCGGUUUAAUAAAGGUCUUUCUUCCAAUGGACCGUGAGGAAACGGACAAGUAUCUUCUCAACAUAACGAUUUGGGACUUGGGUCAGCCCCAGAAAUCCAGCUGGCGUCUUUUGAAUGUAAACGUCGAGGAUGCUAACGACAACGAGCCUCGAUUCCUGCAGGAAAGCUACAGCGCCGUGAUUCCCGAGGACACCCCUAUUGGCUCAGAGGUCACUAAGGUUCAGGCUACGGAUAGCGAUUCGGGGCCGAACGGUGAAAUUUACUACACAUUGCUACCAAGUGCCACUCCGUUUGGGAUUCACAGCUCGAGCGGAAUUGUGUACGUUGCUGAGCCGCUUGACCGGGAAUACAUUUCAACAUUUAGCCUUAGAAUUGAAGCACGUGAUACGGGAAAGAAAGGCAGCCAGAGGUCCUCUGUGGUGACGCUGACAGUAUCUCUGAAGGACGUCAAUGACUGCCCGCCCGCUUUCAUCCCAAACUUCUACAACGCCCGCGUCCCGGAGAACCUCCCCGUGGGCACUGUCAUCACCUGGCUCAAUUCCCGGGACCCAGACCUGGGAGUGGGCGGCCAGGUCAGAUACACCCUGCUGAACGGUUUCAACGGGGUGUUUGCAGUGCACGGAGACAGCGGGGCGGUGAGGCUGACGAAGCCGCUGGAUUACGAGCAGCGGCGGUUCUACAACCUAACGGUGCAGGCCGCUGACGAUGGCCGGCCUGUCGCGUUGCGCUCCAACUCUUUUGUGGAGGUGGAGGUGGUGGACGUGAACGAGAACCUGUACGCGCCCUACUUCUCCGAGUUUACGCUGAAGGCCUCGGUGAAGGAAAACUCUCGGAUCGGAACCAGCGUGCUGAAGGUCAAGGCCAAGGACGACGAUAAAGGAAAAGAUGGAGACGUCCGCUACUCCAUCAGAGGCGGCAGUGGUCUCGGCAGAUUCUCCAUUGAUGAGGAAACAGGUGUCAUCUAUACCACAGACACUCUAGACCGCGAGACUACGGCCUCCUAUUGGCUGACGGUCCGUGCCACGGACAGGGGGGUGGUGCCUCUCUACGGCACCAUUGAAAUAUACAUCCAGGUGGAGGACAGGAACGACAAUGCUCCCCUGACCUCUGACCCCAUAUACCGUCCCGCCGUCACGGAGAACUCGCCCAGAGAUGUGGCUGUGAUUCAGAUCCAGGCCGAGGACCUCGACGCUGCUGCGUCGGGAGACCGUCUCAGCUACCGCAUAACUGCUGGGAACCCGCAGAACUUCUUUGCCAUCAACCCCCAAACGGGUCUUAUAACCACAACCUCACGAAAACUGGACCGAGAACAGCAGGCUGAGCACUUUUUGGAGGUGACAGUCAUGGACAUGGGCCGGGCCACCAGGCAGUCCACGGUCUGGGUGAUUGUGCGCAUUCUGGAUGAAAAUGAUAAUAGGCCACAGUUUCCAGAGACGAUCUACAAAAUCGGCCUCCCUGAGCGUGACCGUAACAGGAGAGGAGACCCCAUCUACAGGGUGUUUGCCUUCGACGCGGACGAGGGCCCCAAUGCGGACCUCUCCUACAGCAUCGUGGAUGGGAAUGAGGAUGGCAAGUUCUUCAUAGACCCCGUGACAGCUGUGGUUUCCUCGAGAAAGAUGGUCACUGCCGGGAGUUUUGACAACCUGACGAUACGAGCCACAGACGGCGGAACUCCUGCAAAGUGGUCCACAGCACAGCUGGACAUCACAUGGGUCCGCAAGCCAGUACCAUCUGCCCAGCCUCUGUUGUUCAUGAAACCGUACUACAAAUUCAGCAUCGCCGAAGACACCCAGGUGGCCAAGACUGUGGGCACAGUCUCAGCCCAGCAGAGAACUACACCCUUAUGGUUUUACAUCACAGGUGACGGAUCCUCCAGGGAGAUGUUUUAUAUUCCUCAAACUCCUUGUUGGAGAAACUGUUCCACAGCUGGCGGAACAUCUGACAACCAAUUUGAUGUUGAAAAUGGAGUGGGGACCAUCGUCAUAGCAAGGCCGAUGGAUGCUGAGCUCCAAUCAUUCUACAACAUGACCGUGGAGGUGACAGAUGGGACCAACACUGCAUCCACAAUGGUACUCAUCACGGUCCAGGAUUGCAAUGACAACCCGCCCGUCUUCUCCCGGCCGACGUACGACGUGGCCGUCUCUGAGGACGUGCCGGCGGACACGGAGGUGCUCCGCGUGCUGGCCACGGACCGGGACGCGAGGAGCCGGCUGAGCUACUCCAUCCACAGCAGCGUGGACUCGGCCAGCAUGCGCAUGUUCCGGAUCAACCCCGGGACCGGAGCCGUCUACACCGCUUACCGGCUCGACCACGAGACCCGCAACCAGCACAUUCUCACUGUCAUGGUGAAGGAUCAGGAGUUCCCAUAUCACAGGGACCUGGCACGGAUCCUGGUGACAGUGGAGGAUGAAAACGACCAUGCCCCUUACUUUACCAACAUUCUCUACGAGGCCUCUGUGUUUGAAUCGGCACAAAAGGGAUCUGUCGUGCUCCAGGUGACCGCACUGGACAGAGACAAGGGCAAGAACGGGGAGCUCCUCUACUCCUUUGAAGCAGGUAAUGCUGGGAACAUAUUCUGCAUUGAACCAGACUCCGGUAUAAUUUCCGUCGCCAAGGAGCUCGAUCUCACAUCCGUUGGUUACUACGUCGUCACCGUACGAGUGACAGACAAUGGCUCCCCUCCUAUGGCGGCGACCACAACCGUCAGGAUUUCUGUCAUACUCUCCGAAAACUCCAGCCCCAAAUUCCCCCAGAGGAAAUAUCAGGCGGAAGUUAACGAGAACGUGGCCGUCGGCACGUCUUUGACCACGAUCGCCGCCCUGGGCCGGUCCAUGCUGACCUAUGAUAUAAAGCAGGGUAAUGCUGAAAGGAAGUUCAGGAUCAACCCUUACACGGGGGUCAUCAUGACCCAGGGAUCUCUGGACUAUGAGAGUACUACUUUGUAUGUGCUGAUCGUGCAGGCUGACAACAUGGCGGGCUUGUCCUCCAGUGCCACUGUGAGCAUCCAGGUUGUGGACAGGAAUGACAACCCACCAAUCUUUCAACAGCUGCAGUACAGGGGGAGCAUCAGUGAGUCUUCUCCCAUCAACAGUGUGGUCCUGACUGCUGAUGGCAGGCCUCUGGUGAUAAAGGCCACUGAUGCUGACAGGCAGGGGAAUGCGCUGCUGGUCUACCAAAUCAUGGAAGAGACUGCCAAAAUGUUUUUCACAGUCGAUUCUGGCACUGGAUCAAUAAGAACCAUUGCCAACCUGGACCACGAGACCUUCAGCAGCUUUAGUUUCAGGGUCCAGGUGAGGGACAGCGGAGUGCCCCAGCUGACGGCUCAGAGUCCAGCCCAGGUAACAGUCACCGUGGUCGACACCAACGAUUCCCCUCCCAGGUUUUCCCAAGAUGUGUACGAAACAGUUCUGCUGCUCCCCACAUACGUUGGUGUGGAGGUCCUGCAGGUGACCGCCACUGAUCCGGACCAAAACACCCCAACGGAGCUGACCUACACCCUGAGAGAUGGAAGCUUGGAACAUUUUGCCAUUGAUCCAAUCAGCGGUAUUCUCAAGGUGAAGAACACAGACUUCUCUAAGGAUCGCUACAGGUUCAGCUUGGUUGUCUGUGACGGGAGGUUCUCCAGCACAGCCCUGGUCAUAGUACUUGUAAUGGAGGCGAUGGACAGUGGCUUGUCCUUUACACAGGCACUUUACACAUCCUCUGUACUUGAGAAUGUCAAUAACGUUACCACGGUAGCAGUGGUGAGUACCGUAGGAAGCUGGCUUAAUGAACCCCUCAAAUACUGCCUCCUGAAUGCUGGGACUAAUUUCAAGAUCAGAGCCACGUCUGGGGUGAUCCAGACUACUGGUGUGCCCUUCGACAGGGAGGAAGAGGAGCUGUUUGAGCUUGUUGUUGAGGUGAGCAGGCAGCGUGACCGUCUGCGGGUGGCGAGAGCGAUAGUAAUGGUCCAGGUGGAAGAUGUUAAUGACAACGCCCCGGUGUUCACCGGCCUCCCAUACUACGCCGUUGUCCAGGUAGAGGCCAAACCAGGGUCGCUAAUAUUUCGAGUCAAGGCCACGGACCGGGACAAAGGCAUCAACGGGCAGUUGUCCUAUUUCUUAAAGCAGGAACACAGGCACUUCAAUAUGAACAGAAUCACCGGUGAGCUCACGCUGAAGAAAGCCUUUGAUGUGGACCUGUCCAAUGUAGAGUACCAGGUGGAGGUUCUCGCCAAAGACAGUGGGUCCCCUCCUCUUGUCACAGUAGUGGAGUUCCCAAUCACCGUUGUGAACAGAGCAAUGCCUGUUUUUGAUAAGCCAUUCUAUGGAAUCUCAAUCAGAGAGGACGUGACGACACUCACCCCUAUCUUAGUAAUAAAUGCCACCAGCCCUGGGGGUGAGAGCAUCAUGUACACAAUAGUGGAUGGGGACCCUUCCUCGCAGUUCACCAUUGAUUUUGACUCUGGCAUUAUUCGUGUUGCUUACCCUUUGGACUUUGAAGUCAGAUUCUCUUUCAGGCUGAUUGUCAGGGCGACAGACAUGCUCACAGGAGCCAGAUCAGAGGUGAGUGUGGAUGUGACCGUGCUGGAUGUGAAUGAUAAUCCACCAGUUUUCCAGAGAGCCUCCUACUCGGCCUCCCUGCCUGAGACUACAGUUAUUGGAACACCGGCCCUGAAAGUUACAGCCACGGACAAGGACUCAGUAAAAAACAACGUUGUCAGAUAUCAGAUCCUUCCAGAUACCAACAAUAGCACAGACUACUUCCACAUAGAUGGCGGUAGUGGGCUCAUUCUGACAGCUCGCCCGCUUGACCAUGAGCUGAUCCGGCACUACAGCUUUGCCGUCAGGGCGAUUGACAGUGGAUUCCCUGGCCAGAGCAGUGAUGUCACGGUCACGCUUUCAGUGGUAGAUUCCAAUGACAACCCUCCCGUCUUCAGUCAGCCACUCUACGAGGCGUACGUCAGCGAACUGGCACCAAAAGGGCAACUUGUGACAUGUGUCCAGGCGUCGGAUGCGGAUAUGUCUGACUCCAACAACCUGGAGUACAGGAUCCUGUCUGGGAAUGAAAGGAUGAAUUUCGUCAUGCAUGAGAAAAUGGGGGCUAUCACCCUAUCCAGCCAGCAGAGACAGGGGGUGGAGCCCAUGUACAGCCUGAACAUAUCUGUGUCCGAUGGGGUUUUUACCAGCACUGCUCAGGUGCUCAUCAGAAUCAUUGGCGCAAACCUUUUCAGCCCUGUCUUCAACCAAAGGUUCUACCUGGCCCAGGUACUGGAAAAUGCCCCAGUUGGGUCCAGCGUGAUCAAAAUCAAAGCCACCGAUGAGGACUCAGGGCCUUUUGGCCUGGUCACAUACUCCUUCAUCAAUGACAUGGGGAAGGAUCAGUUCAACAUUGAUAUGGAUGGCCUUAUCACAACCAAGCAAAACCUAGACAGGGAAAGUCCAGCGAAUAAGGAUAUCGUCCUGACAGUAAUGGCUGUGGAUGGGGGAGGCAGAGCCUCCUUUUGUUCUGUCAGAGUUAUGCUAGUGGAUGAGAAUGACAAUGCUCCUCAAUUCAAGGCUGUGGAGUACAGGGUGAGCAUCAAAUCCAACAUGGUCAGGGGCUCCCUUGUCACUCAAAUCCAAGCCUACGAUCCUGAUGAAGGCACAAACGGCAAAGUGACCUACUCGCUCUACAGCGAGGCCCACAUUCCUGUGGUAGACACCUUGGACAUAGACCCAGAAAAUGGCUGGAUGGUCACCAGAGGCAGCUUUAACCAUCUGACAAACUCAGUUCUCUCCUUCUUUGUGAAAGCCUCGGACGGGGGGAUCCCGAUGAAACACUCUCUGGUGUCAGUGUUCAUCCAUGUCCUGCCUCCUGAGGUCUCCGUGCCCUCCUACACCCAGCCCCAAUACUCCUUCACAGUUCCUGAGGACACGCCCGUGGGGGCCACAUUAGGCUCCGUCCUUCUGGUUCCCAGCUCCCCCGCUGUCUUCCGCAUCGUUGUCGGGGAGACGUGGGAGAGCAACCGGGGCGGCAUGUUCACGGUGGAGAGGGAGAUGGGUGUCAUCAAACUGAGAGAACCUCUGGACCACGAGGCUGUUAGCGUCUUCCGUUUCAAGGUGUCUGCGACCGUGAAGUUGGCCCUGGUAGAAUCUGUCACGGUUGUAGACGUAGAGGUGAAGGUGCUGGAUCUUAAUGACAACAAGCCCUCGUUUGAGACUGGCUCCUAUGAGGCCAUUGUCAUGGAAGGGAUGCCAAUCGGGACCCGGGUGAUACAAGUACGGGCCCUUGACCCAGACUGGGGAUCCAAUGGUCAGGUUACCUACAGUCUGGGCCCCCCUCCUCCAAACUCAGAUGGGAUUUCCAGUACCUUUGCCUUGGACAGUAAGACAGGUUGGAUUACUACCCUCCAAGACCUUGACCGAGAGAGGUGUCCAUCGUACACAUUCACAGUGGUGGCAUUGGACAUGGGGGAGAUGGUGUCCAUGUCCUCAAGUGCUAUUGUGACAGUCACCAUUGCUGACAUCAAUGACAACCCUCCCAGUUUCAAGAAGGACUACUACAGAGGUGCAAUUCAGGAGAGUGACCCUCCAGGAGAGGUGGUGGUGGUUCUCAGUACACAAGAUGAAGAUAGCUCUGAUAUCAACCGGCAAGUCAGCCUGCACAUCACAGGAGGGAAUCUGGCAGGUUUGUUUGCUGUGGGGUUGGUUGGGGGAGAGUGGAAGCUGUAUGUGCAGAGACCAUUGGAUCGGGAGGAGCAGGACCUAUUCCUCCUCAACAUUACUGCCAGUGAUGGGCUGUUCAUGGCCACAACUGUGGUGGAGGUGACUGUGAUGGACACCAACGACAACAGUCCAGUCUGUGUCCAGACCCUGUACACAGCCUCAUUCCGGGAAGACAGUCCCCUCAAUAGCAUCGUUCUCACAGUGCGGGCCACUGAUGCAGACAUUGGGAACAGUUCGGAGAUUCAGUACUCCCUGUUCGGCAUUGGCGUUGAGGACUUCUAUAUGGAUGCAAACACUGGGGAAGUGAAGAUAGCUUCAACCCUGGAUCGGGAAAGGACCCCCGGGUACAAACUGAUCGCCCAGGCAACCGACGGCGGGGGGCGUUUCUGCCGCGCAGAGGUCUCCCUGACCCUCCUGGAUGUAAAUGACAACCCACCCGCCUUCUCUGCUCCGCGGUACGCAGCCAGUGUCUACGAGAACGCGGCCCCGAAAGCGCUGCUGACCUGUCUGCGGGCCAGUGACCCAGACGAAGGUAUAAACCGCAAGAUUACCUACUCCCUGGUGGAUUCUGCAGGCGGAACAUUUUCUAUCAACGAAACCCUGGGGAUCGUAGUUGUGGAGAGGUCCCUAGACCGAGAGCUGCGGUCCUCCUACACAAUCACGGCCAAGGCCUCCGACCAGGGGCUGGGCGUGGCUCUGUCAUCCUUUGUGGAACUGGCCGUCACUGUGCUGGACGUCAACGACAACCCGCCGGUCUUCCAGAAGCCGGAGUACACAGGCCGGGUGGCCGAGGACUCGGCCGUGGGCACGGAGGUGCUCCGGGUGUGUGCCACCAGCGAGGACGUCGGCGUGAAUGCCGAGAUCUACUACAGCAUCCGCUCUGGCAACGAAUUCGGCCAUUUUGAGAUCCAUGUUAAGACAGGCACCAUCUCCGUCUCCAAGGGUUUGGACUUCGAGGUGUGUAAAAGCUAUUUCCUGACUGUGGAGGCCUGGGACGGGGGCACCCCUCCUCUGGGAGCAGUCACCAAGGUAACCAUCGAACUGACAGACGUGAAUGACAACGUGCCCACGUUCAAGCAGGACGUUUACACGGCGGGAGUCAGCGAGGAUGCCGCGAUUGGGCAGUCUGUCGUUCAGGUGUUGGCAAAAGACCCGGAUAGCCAGUUAAAUGGACGGAUUGUGUACUCCAUUGCCAGCGGUGACCGUGGAAAUCAGUUCUCGAUCAAUUCGGCCUCCGGGGUUAUCAGGGUCAACAAAAAGCUGGACAAAGAAAUGAUAUCCAGCUACUACUUGGUGGUGAAAGCACAAGACAGCGGAUCGCCCCCCAUGUCAUCUGCGGUAACCGUCAACAUUGAUGUGUCAGAUGUGAAUGACAACCCACCCGUCUUCUCCCAGUCCAAUUACACCGUUUACAUUCAGGGUGGCAGUCCUGUGGGCACCAGCAUCGUGCAGCUGUCCGUCUCUGACCCCGACGGCCCCCCGCUUGAAGUGCGCAUCAUCGCCGGUAACGCAGGAAACGCCUUCGUUUUGGACGAGUCUCGGACACUCAGGUCUAAUCGGAUCAUUGGCCUGGAUGGAAUGAGGGAAUAUGCUGUCCAGGUGCAGGCCCAGGACUCGGGGAAACCCCGUCUGUCCUCCACCGCGCACGUCUUCGUCCGUGUGACGGGAGAGGGCCUCAGCCGGCCCGUGGCCCUGCCCCUGGAGAUCUGGAUCGUCACCGCGGGCGACCGGUUCCCGGGCGGCGUCGUGGGGAGGAUCCAGGCCUCGGACCGGGACGAGGGGGACAUGCUGUCGUUCAGCUUCCGGCCGGAGCAGAGCGGCCCCUUCAAGAUCAACUGGCAGGACGGGAGGGUGGUCGCGCUGGGGGGCCUGGGCCCCGGCCGGUACUCUCUGACCGCCAGCGUGAGCGACGGCCGCUUCUCCGUGCCGGCGGACGUGAGCGUGGUGGUGGAGCGCGCGUCCGCGCAGGGCCUCCGGGACAGCGUGACCGUGCGCUUCCUGGACGUGUCCCCGGAGGACUUUGUGGGCCGCGGCCUGCGGGAGGUCGCGGGCGCGUUGCGUGAGGCGGUCGGCGUGCCGGACUCCCAGGGCCGGGGAGCGGUGCGUCUGCUGGGCCUGCAGCCCGUGCCGGGGACCGCCCACCUGGACCUGCUCCUGGCGGCCGAGGCGCCGGACGGCGCCCUCUACACGGCUCCCCGCCUGGCUGAGGUCCUCGCCGCCGCGCGGGGGAGGCUGGAGAGCGUGCGGCCGAACUUCCUCGUCCUGAACGGAAGCUGCACCAGCCCAGAGUGCCGCGGGAGGCCUUGUGAGCAGGUCCUGGACCUGGUGCCCAACGCCCCUGUGACCUACAGCACCGCCAGGGUCAGCUUUGUCUCCCCGCGCUUCAGCAGGAGGGAGCACUGCCCGCUUCCUGUGGCCUGCGUCGGUGGUGACUGCAUGCCUUCCUCAGAGCAGUGUGAGGGUCAGGCCUGUCCAGAGGACAUGCAGUGUGUAGCUGUGUCUCCAGUCUCCAACACCUGCCAGUGUUUUCCAGGCAAGCUGAGUGACUGUGCAGGUAAAACCCCGCUCACUUUCACUGGAAACAGCUACAUUAAAUACCGAGUGCCAGACAGCAGCAAAGGCAGCCAGAUGAAACUGGAAAUGAGAAUCAGGACACUGCACAGCCACGGGGUCCUCAUGUACAAACGCUCUGAGCCCUGUACGGUCCUAAAGAUAGAGCAGGGGAAGCUGCAGUUCCAGCUGGACUGUGACAACAGCCUGGGUGUUUCCGGGAGGCCCGUCAGCGAUGGGGUCUGGCACGCCGUGGCCCUGGAGCUGAUGCCCAACAUCACCGUCCUGACGCUGGACGACAGCGCUGUGGAGCGCCGGUGGCCCGCCCCGCCCGCCCCGCCCUGGCCCCUGGGGGGCGACGGCUCCUUCUUCCUGGGGGCGAGGGUGGGGCCCCCCGGGGCCACAGAGGGGACGGGGCCACGUGUGCAAGCUGGGUUUCUGGGGUGCCUGAGCUCGGUGGUUCUGAAUGACGUGGAGCUGCCUGUGUGGAACAGGCGCAGCCCCUACGCGGAGGUGCUGGGUCUGACCGAACUGACGCUGGGCUGCGUGCUCUACCCUGACGCCUGUCGGGAAGCACCCUGCCUGAACGGCGGAAGCUGCUCCAGCCUGCCAUCUGGUGGUUAUGAGUGCAGCUGCUCCUCUCAGUUCACCGGGUGGCGAUGCGAGACACAGAUCUCCUCCUGCAUCCCUGAUCCCUGUCAGAACGGCACCUGCAGAUCCACUGGGAGCAGCUUCCUGUGUGACUGCCAGAGAGGAUUCACUGGCCUCACGUGUGAGGAGGAUGUGAACGAGUGUGAGCGGGGGCGGUGUGAGAACGGCGGGACGUGUGAGAACACGGUGGGGGCGUUCCGCUGCGUGUGUGCGGAGGGGUACGAGGGGCCGCUGUGCGCCCGGGCGGGCCCCGCGGGGCCCGACACGCAGACGGAGGCGCUGUCCUACGUGGGCCCGGCGGAGCUGGUGGGCAUCGGCGUGCUGCUCUUCGUGCUCCUCCUCCUCCUCGCGGUCUUCGCGGGGUUCCGGCGGAAGGCCUUCCCCCCGCGCCGCGCGCACGCCGGCCUGCCGCGGAGCGUGGACCGGGGCUCCUCCGUCCCGCCCCUCAGGGCCGCCCCGCCCGCGGGGGCUCCCCCGCAGGUCUGCGUGCGCCCCACGGCCCACACCCUCCCGCACAUCCACGGGGGCCCGCCCGCGGACCUCACCCUCCCGCGCAUCCACAGGGGCCCGCCCGCUGCCCACACCCUCCCGCGCAUCCACGGGGGCCCGUCCAGCGGGGAGAGGACCGCGGACCUCAGGCCGGGCCCGUCCAGCGGGGACAGGACCGCCCUCCACACGCCCCGCUCCGAGCCGCCCCGCUUCCGCCAGGGGGUGGCUGUCUGCAGCGUGGCCCCCAACCUGCCCCAGCACUCCCCCUGCCACUCCGCCUGCAGCUCCAAACGAUUCGACGCUCGACUCCUGACCCUCCCUCCUGACCCUCCCUCCUUCCCCGCAGGUAAAGCGGUGGACGUGGUGGAAGAGGUGACCCAUUUCUCGGGCAGUAACUCUGAGGUUCAGUCUCUGAGCUCUGUCCCAUCUGAGUCCUGUGACAAUAAUGAGGAUUACUCACUGGAUCAUGAGAACCAAAUCUGCUUUGAAAUCGUCAAGGAUUCUUUUGUGAACUCCUACUGGGGCACGCCGGACUGGAUCUCCGCGUCCCGCGUGCUGGAAAUGGACGACGUGCCCAGGCUUGAGUCCGGGGGCGGUGCCCGAGGCCUGGACGCAGCCGGUCGGUCUGGGGGGCCGGCCGGUGAACGGGGGGACCGCUGGCCGGCCCUGCCCCUCCUCGAGGGUCUCUACGACACCCCGCCAGCGGCUCGCCCCCUCUUCACCGAGAGCCCCCUGAAGGGCCACCGCGUCUGCACGCACGCCCGCCCUGCCCCGCUCCCCGGGAGGGAAGCCCGCCGGGGCGUGCCGCAUGGCCGGCACCCCGAACCGGGGACGGGACUCCCGGCAGGAGGCGUGCCGAUGGCCCCUCACCUGUCUGUCUCCUGUCCUCCCCCACGCUCGGACUCGGGCGGCAGCGACUACGAGAGUGUGGAUGACCUUCCGGUGGAGUCCCCUCGGGAAUUUGCACGCGGUCAUCGGCGGACUCAGGUGUGA